GCUCUGUGGCCUAUGAUCAGCUGUGGCGUUUUGACAUGGAUCGAGUCCUUGCCUAGGAAGAGGAAUGGCGAUUGAGGAUCCAAGUGCAGAGCAUGGCUUAAGGUUGACGAUCAAGGAUUACCCUUUUGCUGCCGAUGGUCUUCUACUCUGGGAUGCCAUUAAGCAAUGGGUGAGUGACUAUGUUAACCAUUAUUAUCCGAAUAAUGGUCUCAUUGAAGCAGAUUAUGAACUCCAAGCAUGGUGGGCAGAAGUACGAACGAGAGGUCACGAAGACAAGAAGGACGAGUCAUGGUGGCCGAUCCUUGGAACUCCAGAUGAUCUAAUCCAAAUCUUGACAACAAUCAUUUGGGUUGUUUCUGGCCAUCACGCUGCUGUCAACUUUGGUGAGCACAUCUUUGCCGGUUAUAUCCCAAGUCGGUCAAUGAUAGCCAGAAUGAACAUGCCCACAGAAGGCCCAUUAGAAGAAAACCUUAGAAACUUUCUACGGAGGCCUGAGCUUGUACUCUUGCAAUGUUUCCCUUCACAGAUUCAAGCAACAAAGGUGAUGGCUGUCCUUUAUGUGUUAUCUACUCACUCAUGGGACUAAGAAUAUAUAUAUAUAG